AUUGCCUCAGAGCGAAAUAGCUGCAUCAUAAACUUCACUUCUUGCGCACAAGAUCAUGCUAAGAAUGGUCAAGAUACAGAAUCGUAGUUCUCUCGUUCGAACCCGAACACGAAGCUACGGGAGUUGGUUGACGGCAGCGGCCGCGUUUUCGGCUACGACGGGCAGUGCGACUGUAAACGCCUUUGUUGUGGGUACAAAUGGUUCGCAAAGACCCUUACAGACGGGUCGCAUCGUCCCCACCACCCCUGUGCCUGUCCUACCAAAAAAAAGUUGGCAGCAGCCUACGUCUUUGCGACUUUACGGUAGUCAACGGGAUAGCAGUAGGGUAGACGAUAUCUUAAAUAAAGUCAAAAAGACGGCGAAAUCAGCCGGUUCGAAAGUCAAAGAUGUGGCAGAUCGUAGCAGGGUAGACGGAAUUUUGAACAAAGUCAAAAGCAAGGCGAAAUCAGCCGGCUCGACAGUCAAAGAUGUGGCAAAUCGUAGCGGGGUAGACGAUAUCUUAAAUAAAGUCAAACGUAAGGCGAAAUCAGCCGGCUCGAAAGUCAAAGAUGUGGCAAAGUCUGUGUUGCCCUCAUCGUGGUUUCAAUCCGCCAAGGAGAAAGAGGCGGCGAUGGAGAACAAACGCAUCGAGAAGCAAGUCAGGGGAAGUUUAAAAGAAAUUUUCAAAGAUGCUCCUCUUCCCAUUCGUAUGCUGGGAGGUAUCGUGGGACCAAUCAUGUCGAGUGUCAUGUCAAAGUUGUCGAAAACGAUAGCGGAUCAGCAGGAAGUCGUGGAAGCCUUGCUCGAUGAAGCUCGAUCAUAUAUUACUGGCAACGAGGAAGUUGAGAAUGUUCUGGGACAGCCAGUUACCGUGGGAAGCGCUUUUUCACAAAGCUCGAGCUCGACGUCUAUUAACGGACAAACCAGUUCCCAUGUAGAGCUGGGCUUUCCCGUAAGCGGACCGCGCGGAUCAGUAAUGGGCCGUUUGAUUGCGAUAAACGGCAAGAUACAAAAAUUGGAAAUUCAAGCGGCAGGUCAGGUUAUUCAGGUCGCUUUAAGACGCCCAUCACAAUUCUUCUCCGGCGGUACGAAGCGCAGCUCAGACAGCGGCAAAAUUAUCGAGGCCGAGAUUAUCGAAAAAGAGAUUAAACCGUAGCUCAAAAGGAACAAUGCUUGCAGGAUUUUUUAAUCUGCUAGCACACUUUAGAACUAUCUUGCACAUCUUGGUUUGCCAUUCCCAUUGUUGCCAGUACAAUUUUUACGGCAAACGAAUUUGAACCCCACGCGCUCCACCACCGUUCAAG